GGAUAUCAAAAUGGUGGCGACCCAUUCGUGAUAGGUAUUUUGUUUUGUUUUUUAUUUAUGUUUUGAUUUCGAUUUGCGAAAAUUCAAAAUAUCCAUUCGGAAGUGCGAACGAUGUGACAGUACCGACAUAGAUUAUCCCAUGAAAUGCCCGAACACACGAUGACCUCACCGCCGCCGAUUGCUGACGCACAGGACGUGUGCGCGUCGGAUCCCAAUUUCGCAGUGAUAUUUGCUUUCUGCGAACGUUUCGGGGACAGUUGUGGUGUCACCAUUCCCACGUUCCAAGAACUUCAAGAAAUGCUAGAGAAGACCGACGAAGUUCCAGAAACACUGAUCAACUUGCAUGUAAAAUUAUUGCGUAAAAGCAAAAAAAUUGUGUAUCUAGAUAAAUGGGAAAAAGCAAUCCUAAAAUUUUGUCAAGGAUAUUCAGUACCAGAAUGUUGGAAAUUAGAACAUUAUGGAUACAAAGGAAUUUCUGUGCAACUAAAGUUAAGAAUUUUAAAAGCUCUAAUUGAAGUACAAUUUGACCAUAAUGUUAAAUUUAAGGCUGAAAUAAAUAAAUAUGAAAGCUCUAUGCUCCGUUCUCAACCAUUAGGUUGGGAUAAAUCAGGUGCAGCAUAUUGGGUACAGUUUGAUCGAUCAUAUAAUAUUCGAGUUUAUAAAGAUGACAUUGAUGAAGAUUCAUGGAAAAUGGUGGCAAAGGAUAGAAGUACAUUAGUGAAUCUUAUAAAUGAACUUUCUGGUAUUAAAGAUACAUCACUUACAACAUCUCCAGUAAUUGAAAAUGAAGAUGAAUGUAGUAUUAAUGAUUCUUCUGAUUUUAAAUCAGAUAUUAAUAUAUUUGAUCCAAGAGAAUAUUCUCUUGAAAAACCUAUUGAUUUAAAAAGAGAAACUGAUGAAGAUAAAUCUCUUGACAAAAUCAAUAUUCCUAUUGUUGGAGAUGUUAUUGAAGAAUCAGUUAUGAUUGUGAAGGGAGAAGGUUCAGGACUUGAAUGUGAUACUGGUAAUCCUGAUGAAACAAAUACUCAAAAUGAGACUUUGAAAAAUGAAGAUGUGAAAAAACCAAAACUAUGGACUAUUGAAACUAUUUGCAGUUCUUCUAAAGAAGUCAAAGAAGACAUUUCUGUGCCUAAGACAGGGUUUUUUUUUGGUGAUGAUUCUGUACCAUGUUUUAAUAAUGUUUCUAAUGGAGAGAAUUCUCAACUCAUUAAAGAAAAAUUUGAAGGUAGUUCAUCAAAAGAAAACUAUGAAGAUCUUACAACAAAUAAUAAAUUAAAUGAAGAUCUUACAACAGAUAAAAAAUUAUAUGAAGAUCUUACAACAAAUAAAAAAUUAGAUGAAGAUCUUACAACAAAUAAAAAAUUAGAUGAAGUUGAUUCUACUACAAUGAAUAGCAUUGAAUCAUUAGAUAAAGGAUGUAGUAGUAAAAGUACAGAGGAUUUAUCUGUCAACAAAACUUCAAAACAAUCGGUAUUUAAUAUAAAAGUACAUGAAGAAGAAGUGCAAAUCACAGAACGAAAAGCUAAUGAAGUUUUUACAAAAUCUGAGUUCACCGUAAAAGAUGAUGCUCACAUUGUAAAUAGUAAUAUACCAGUUUUAAAAUCUAGUUGUAAUGAUAAAUCAAUUACUUUUGAUGAAACCGAACAAAAUAACAUUGUGAAUAAAUAUGAGGAAAAUGAAAAAAUUGAAUGUAAAAAUAAUGAUUAUCAAAGUGGCAUACAGUUAACACAUGCUAAUUCGGUUACUAAUGUGGAUGUACAUUCUGUAAACCAAGAAAUCUUUGGUAUUAAAUCACUAGAAAAUAGAAAAGAAGAAACUGAACAGCAAUUAGAAAAUGAUCAACAGCUCGUAACUAAAUUAGAAGAUAACACUGAUGUACAUAUUCAUGAGAGUCCCAUAAAAACUAAUAAACAAUCAACCAGUGAUGGCAGUCCAAGUGAUAAAAUAGAAAAAGUUGUUAAAAACUGUGAUAAUGUUAAUCCUAUUAAAUCACUUUUAAGUACUGCAAAUCAAUGUAUUGAUAUUAAUGAACAGAAUAUUGAUACAGUUGAACAAAAUUCAAGCACAUUGGAUAAUAUAGAGUUUUCAAAUGAAGGUAAUUUAAAUGUUAUAAUAGAUAAUAAAAUAUCGGCUAAUGAAUUUAAUAUAAAUGAUAAUAAUAAAGAAAUUGUGAGCUUAGAAGUUCAAAGUAAUGAAUCUAAUACACAAAUAACAAAAAAUGUCGAUGAAGAUAUUCAAACGAUUGAUGAUUUGAAUACAAAUGCUACUUAUUUAAAACAUGAUGUAAAUCUACACACUGAAAGUGAAAACUCAAUUAAAAGUGAAAUUGAGUGUAGUGGCGAAAAUGUGAAUAGUAAAGCAGACGAUCAAACUUUAAUUGAUAAUGUUAAUCUAUAUCCUACUACUUCUAAACAAAUAGAUGAUGAACAAAAUUAUAAAAAACCAAAUUUGACCUUGCAUAAUAUAAGUAACAUUAUUGAAACUAAUAAAUCGGUUGAUGAUACUAUUGUAACAAAACAAUCAAUUAAUACUUGUAAUAUGGAAAUAAAUAAACAAGAAUAUUAUCAAAUUAAGAAUAAAAAUAAUAAUGGUGCAAGUAUUCAAGAAAAAACUGAAUCUGUUGCAAAUAUAACGCAAAAUAUUUUUAACAAUAAACACAGUUUGGAUAAAAUAUUGCAAAAAUCUGUUGAAAUUAAGGAUAUAUCAGAAUGCCCAAGCCAUAAAAAAAACUUUAUGGAAGAGUUUAAAUUAGAAAAUCAACCUGAAUCAUCUAAUUUUGAAGUUGAAAAAGACAAUGUUUGCAUGGUUAAAUCUGAGAAAAACAUUAAAGAAUUAAAAACAAAAAAUUUGGAUUCAACUGUUGAAAAAAAUAAUAGUGAAUUUAUUGAGAACAAAAAUAAAAUUGUACUUGCUAACCCAAAAGUUCAAAAAAAAAAUAAUUCAACUAAUAUAGCAUCAGAAAAUCAUAAAUUUCAUGAUGAAAUCCCCACCAUUUCAAUGGAAGAUAAAAUUAUACCAACUGUUGGUAAAAUUAAACAUAAUAGUAGUAAAAGAGAUAAAACUAAAUUAAUAAGUACUGAACAUAAAACUGAUGUUAGUUAUGAAGAAGAACCAAAAAAUGAAUCCUAUAAAAAAGAUAAUUUUCCUCCUAACGUGUCUGUACAGAAAAGUAUAUUGGCAGUAGAAAUGGAUGAAAAUAAUGCUAAUGAAAUUGUACAAGGUGAAAAUUGUAUGACUGAAUCUAUAAAAAAUGAUGAUAAUUCAAAAAACAAUGACAAUUUUGAUGAAGAUAUUAAUCAAGAAUGCAAAAUAAAUAAAAAAGAUAAUGAUCCAAUUGAUAAUAAUACAUUGCAAACAUCUGAAAUAGAUUCUUCUCCAGUUUAUGAAGAUAUGUAUGAAAGUGCAGGUGACCCAAAUGAAGAUACAUUUAUUGAAAGUUUUAAAGAAGAGCUUGAUGAUAGUGGAAUGAUAGAUAAGACUGUUGAAGAAAAUGAGAAAAAAAGUGGAGAAGAAGAUUUAGAAGAAACACCAAAAAAAAAAGGAAGACCUGGUAGAAAAAAAGGGAAAAGAGGAAGGACUAAAAAAAAUACUACAGUUAAGCAGGAAUCUACAAGUAAUAACGAAGAAAAAAUUAAAAAACCAUAUAAACCUCGGCAAAAAAAAGUUGUCACCAUAGCAGAAGAAGUGACAGUGUUUCCAGAACCAGCUAGCGAUGAUAAUGUUCGUCGAUCAAGGCGUAUUGCUGAAAUCAAAAUUAAAGAACAAUUUAUACCUUCAACACAAUAUGAUGACAUUGAUAUACCUGUGAAGAUUUCAAAGAAAAAAGAUAAAGGUGUUAAAAAAGUAUCUACACCUACCAAAAAGAUGGAAACUGCUGAAGAAUCUGAUGAUGAUGAAGAGGAUCCUAUUUCUAAAAAGUAUAAGAAAAGAAAACGAAAAGGAAAACCUGAUUCUUUGAAAAAAAUAAACAUGGUAAAUCCAUGGAAUGUAGAUUCUGAAUCAAGUUCGUCUGAAAACAACGUAGAACUAUUUGAAGAUUAUGACCAUGAAGAAGAGGAUGAAAUUCUUAGACCUGGAAUUGAACCAAAUAUAUCAGAUCAUGAGUUCUCUCCAGAGUCAGAUAUUAAUGAAGAUGAAAAUUAUUUGCCCGAAAAAAGAGCAAGAACUGCUCAUAAAAAAGACCAAGAUGAAGAGUUGAAAGAUGAUAUGCCAUGUCAAAACUGCAAAAAAAGUGAUCAACCUGAAUGGAUUCUGUUGUGUGAUACUUGUAAUCAAGGAUGGCACGCUUCUUGCCUCCGUCCUCCUCUCAUGGUGAUCCCAGAUGGAGAUUGGUAUUGUCCUACUUGCCGACAUAGCUCUCUAUUAGAUUCUUUAAAAGAAGUUUUAAAAAAAUACGAUGAAGAAUCUAAAAAACGUGAAAAUGAAGAAUUAAGACGGAAACGUUUGGCAUAUGUGGGAAUAAGCCUGCAAAAUGUAAUAUCUUCUAAAACAGAAGAAGUUAAAACUCCAAAACUGCCUACAGUACAUGAUUCUUCAGAAGAAGAUGAAGAAGAAUCGGAAUCAGAAUCUUAUGAUUCAGAACCAUUAUACCAGUUGAGAGCUCGACGCCAAACUAAUGUUAGCUAUCGUUUUAAUGACUAUGAUGAUAUGAUUAAUGAAGCAAUAUUAGAAGAGACUGGUGUUAACGAAUCUGUUACAAAGAAGUCUAUAGAAGCCAAAGCAGACAAAAAUGAUAACGAUGAAAAUACAGAUUCUGAAAAUGUAGAUGAUAACAAAAACAGAGAUGACUCACCGAUUGCACCAGCAUUAUUGCAUUUAAGGGGACGAAAGAAAUCUAAAAAACUUACCAACUUAGAUAUCAGUUCAGAUGAUGGAUCGGAUGAAGAUUUCAAAGGGCCUUCUGAUGGUGAUGAUGAUUACGAGGAAGAGUUCAGUGAAUACAGUGACGACUCUGUCCAGAAUCGAGCACAACCAACAAGACGGUCUGUACGAAAUCGAAAAACAGUGGUCGACCCUGACUUCAUAAAUGACGAUUCAAGUGAAGAUGGUGAUAAACGUCCAAAUAAAAAGAGAUCAAGACCCUGGUCAGAAUCUUCAAAUAGUGAAGGAGAAGACUUCACGUGGGGGAAAAGGAAGAAUAAACGUGCAAACAUUCCUUCGUCUUCAUCAUUAUCAUUUAAAUCGCACAAAGGAUCGAAAAGACAACGUAACUCAAACGAUAGUGUACAAAAGUCUAAAAAAUAUAAGAUCAAGUAUGGCAUGGAGUCGGAUUCAGAUUCAUAUGGCCAAUCUAAACGAAGGACUAGGGGACGGCAGAUUACUUACGCCGAAUCCGACGAAUCUGAAGAGGAAGUGCAAACGAAAAAGCGUAAAGUGAUGAGUGACGAAGAAGAUGAGUACGUAUUAAACGACGAAGAACUAGCGGCCGAGAAUGACGACCAUCACUUGGAGGUGGACGAAGAAGACGCGAUGGCUAGCAACGAUGAAAAGGAUGACGACGAGGAUGCAGAAGAAGAAGAAGAAGAAGGAGAAGAAGAAGAGGAGGAGGAGGAAGUCGCGGACGAGGAAGAAGGCGACGAUGAGGAACAAAAAGUAAGCGAUUCGAAACCAGCGGCGGUCCAGCAAGUGGCCGAAAAGUUACCGACAUCCGCAGCAGCUGCCGUUGCGCAAUCAGUCAUUAGAGAACUGCCCCCUCCUCCGUUGGUGUCCACCGUGCCGCCGACAGCCGCCGCGGACUACGCGCAACAACGGCUGUUGCCGCUAGCCGCUGGAGCCACGACGGUUCGGACCAGCGUCCUAGCACCGACGCCACUGCCUCCGGUCGAUCCGGCGGACAAGCGUAAACGACCGUCUCCACACCAAUUGAACGAAUCACCGUUGCCGAACCCGUCGGUCGACUAUGGCGGCGGUGGCUACCCGUAUCCUUCGGACGCGACCAAAGUGGUUGCGUCCACCGUUGUACCACCGUCACAACCGGUACAUCAGGCCGCGUUCAACAGACCGCCCGUUGUUGCUGCUGCAGUGGGGGCGGCCGGGUUCAAACCCAUGGCCGGCGUGCCGCCACCCGGCUGUUUCCCCGCGCAAUACCGCGUGCCCAACAAAAUGGCCCCUACGGGGUACGUAGCGCCACAGGUGCGUCAGUUGUACCAGUCGGUGCCACCGCCUCCGCAGCAGUCGCGGGCCACUUAUUCGCAGUAUCCCAUAGACUACGCGGCCACCGGAACGCCACUACCAUCUCCCCUGCCGCCCACAGUCUCCUUCAGGAACGUGGUCGUGGCACCGCCGCCGUCCCAUGAACAUCUUCCAAUGCAACCAUUGCCGCCUCCUGUUACUCAACAGCAAUCGGUUGUGAUUUCCGGUGACAGCGAAUUCGGCGGCCUCGUGUCGUACUUCUCCAGUCAACAGGAAGACGACUUUGAUACAUGAUGAUCUCUUGUUUGUCAUCCCCCCACAUUAUUAUUUUUUACUCAAUUAUCCCCUUUUCUUCUUGACUGCCACCUACAUCUUUACAAUUAUUUUCGUAUAUUACCAUCGUUUUCUUUUGAAUUUAACCUUAAGAUGGCAGUAACAUCAAUAUAUGCAGAUACUCCAAAUCGCUAUUAUAUAAUAUUAUAAUCAAAAAUUAUUGCCAUUGUAAUGAAACCAUUUCUUUUUAUAACUCAUUCUAAUUUUAACACAUGAAAUAAAACCUUUUGAUUAUAUCACUGACAAGAGACCAUGUUAUUAUUAAUGAAGAUCUGAGGGUGUUAAGUAGUGUACAAUUUUAUUAGUGUUGAGGUAU